GGCAAUGACAAAGGAGCUGAGGCUAACGGAGUUACAAGGCAGAGGAAGGUCAUUAGUGGCGGCGCAGCCACUCAAGAGCGGCCAAAUCGUUCUCCGCGAUUCUCCCAUACUCCUCUACUCCGCUCUUCCUCUCCUCACUCCCUCCCCUCCCCCUUACUGCGACCACUGCUUCAAAACCCUAAACCCCCAAACCCCAAUCUCCCUCUGCCCCUCCUGCUCCCACCACCGCUUCUGCAGCCCCAACUGCCUCUCCGCCGCCCUCUCCUCCUCCCACACUCCAUGGGUCUGCCAAUCCCUCGCCAAAUUACGAAACUGCCCCUCCCCUCUCUCCGCCCACCCCGCCGAUCGCCAAGUCCAAGCUCGCUUCUUGAUCGCUGCUUACAACCUCGCCGCCGUCUCGCCGUCGAGUUUCCAGCUGCUGCUAACUCUCCAGGGCGAACCGCAGGACUCCGCCGAAGCUCAGUUCCUGCAUUCGCUGAUUUCGACUCUCUGCCCUCCUCCGCAGCUGUUCUCGGUGGAGCUCACGGCGGCGCUGCUGGCUAAGGAUAAGCUCAAUGCGUUUGGAUUGAUGGAGCCUCCUUCGGAAACUGGGCUGAGGUCGAGCAGAGCUUAUGGGAUUUAUCCCAAGGCCUCGUUCUUCAACCAUGAUUGUCUCCCCAAUGCGUGCCGAUUUGAUUACGUCGAUGAAGGGAGCACGGAGAUUACUGUGAGGAUGAUUCAUGAUGUUCCGGAGGGGAGGGAGAUUUGCUUGAGCUAUUUCCCUGUUAAUGAGCCUUAUUCGAGCCGGCAGAGGACUUUGGCUGAGGACUAUGGAUUUGUGUGCCAAUGUGAUCGGUGCAAGGUUGAAGCGAAUUGGUCUGACAAUGAGGAGGUGGCUGAGGAGAAAGGUGGUUCGGCUGAGGGGAUGGAUGAGGACCAAGACCAGGAAAUGGGAGGAGAUUUGGAAGCAGAAGGUGGGAGUGGGAGUGACAUUGAAGCUGAAGCGCAAGGAGAGGCUGAUUUUCCACAUGCCUAUUUCUUUGUGAGAUUUAUGUGUAGUAGAACCAAUUGCUGGGGCACGCUAGCCCCUUUGCCCCCGAAAGAUGAUGGAACUUCUUCGGAUGCUAUGGAAUGCAAUGCGUGUGGAAGCCUUAAGCAAGAUGAGGAGAUUAGUGGUCAUGGACAAAAUGGGAUCUCUUUGGAUGGCUAGCUGCUCUUUCUUGCUGCUUUAUGUGAGUGGACAUAUCUUAUUUCUGUAUUGGCAUCUAUUUUUGCUUCAGGGUAACUCUGAAUGUGUUAUAUGAUCUAUCUUAAAUGCAUUUGCUAUGAACUCAACUGAAUGGUUUUGACCUU